AGUGCAGUGCUGCUGCUACUGCCUGCUAUAAUUAUUAUUAUUAUUAUUAUUAUUAUUAUUAAUUGUUAUUGCCGUUGUUCAAUAAGUUGUUGGUAUCUAUCAACCUAUCUCUUAUAAUUAAUUAUUAUUAUGUAUUUAUGUCGAUCUGGCCGUGCCGACUUGCUCCGCCACUGUUUCGUGCCCGUUCGCACUGAUUCAUUGUAAACGUAACAUAUUAAUACAUAUAAUAUCCCUGUAAUGCAUCUGGUUAGCUAAAAACUUCAACUCGACUUACCAAUCAACACAUUCAUACAGACAAUAUGAGUAGCAACAAGGACAACAAGACGUUUGAAAAGCUGAAACAAUUUUUUCGCAUUAACCGUGGAGGUCCGAACUUAGGAGCUCUGCGUGUAAAGGAUGAUUACACGUUGACCGAGGAUCAGGGGCUUAAGAUUUCUUCAGAGUCGACAAUACAUACUAGGAUCAAAGCAAUCGAAGAACUAGCCGAGAUAGCUAAAUCCCAUCGUCUUGAAGAGAAUGCUGUUGCAAGUUUAUGGCUCCGAGUACAUGAUUUAUUUAGUCACCAUGUUCCUAAAGAACAGCGCCAUUUGGUGUUUAAUCUUAUUAGAUCCAUUAUUCUUGGUCAAUUUGGAAAUCUUGGAAUGUUACGAAAACAUUUUUUUAAUUUUAUUAAAAGCCAUACUAUUGCUGAAGAUAUAUCAUACAGGUUAGAAUUAUUAGAAUGCCUUACUGAUCAUGGCCGCGAUAUUGUCUAUCUAGAAGAAGAAAUAUGCCCUUGGUUAACAAAUUGGGGUGCAUCUGAAUUAGCUCCUGCCGGUUUUACACUACAAUGGCUUGAAAUAUCUAUUAAUGUCAUAAAAUUUAAUGCCACCUAUUUAGAUGAUGAAGUCAUCAAUACUGUAGUUCAGAGUUCAUUUUAUGUAUGCUGUUAUAGUAAAGACGAAAAAGUUGUCUUAGAAAGCUUACGACUUUUGGAUACAAUUAUAUGUUAUAACCAUUUGCCUCCCCAAUCUUUACCUAUAUUUAUUGCCACAUUAUGUCAUACUGCAAAUUCCAAAACAUACUGUUCACAAUGCUGGAAAACUAUGAGGAAGCUUUUAGGAACACAUAUGGGGUAUUCAGCAAUUUAUUUAAUUUGUCGAUUGCUCCACCAAGAAGUUUCUGCACAUAAUGCCGGACUUGUGCGAGGAGGAUUGUUCUAUAUUAACAUGGCGUUAUGGAGUAACAAUCAAAUUACAUCAUUUAAAAUUUCUCUUCUUUCAGUUUUGCCGUCAAUUUAUAAUGCAUUAACUUGUGACCAUCCAACAGUUGUAUUGGAAGUUGUACUAGGAAUGGAAUCAUUGAUAACAAAACAUGGAUCCACUAUUCAAAGUACAAUUUGGGAAAAAGUUUUAAAAAUAUUAAAAAGAAUUGCAGAAUAUAUCAACAGAAAUGGUGCCAAUUCAGUGCUAAUGAUUGCAGACCAUCUUAAUGAAACUUUAUCAAAAGUUGAAUCACUUAUUGACAGUGAUUUUUAUAGUGGUAGUCUAGAUGACAUUUAUGAUGUCAUUGAAACAUUUUCAAUUUAUAGACCUGAAUCAUCAGUUAAUAAUUUAAUGGCCUAUAGAAAGGAAUUUCUUGUUCCAACUGAAUACCAAUGGGUUGAUAAUUUAAAAAUGUUUUUAAAUCACUUCUAUACCAAAGAAAACAGAACUCUUAUCAGAAUACAGGCUGUGAAUCGGACAAUGAAAGAAGUUUACCAACAAAAUAAUGCAUUGUAUGAAGCUGAACUAAUGCAAGUUAUCCUGGAUGUUUUUGGUGGAAUUGCUGAUGACAAUGAUCCAUGUAUUCGAAAAGUAGUUUGUCAAUUCAUUAUUGAUAUUUGUCACGACUGUGAAAGUGAAUAUCAUACUGAUCUAUUACAAAUCCUUGGAACAGUGUUAUUCAGAAUUAAUAGAUUUAAUACUGGAGUUGUUUUACAUGAAAAUGAUGUGGCUGAUAUACAAAUAACUGUUGAGGGCCUGUCAAUAUUAUUUUCCAAGUUUUUAUACAAACAUCCAACAAAUUCUGCAGAUACUAUUCUAAAUUUGCUUAUUACUCACUUGAGACACCAUUAUGAACGUCCAAUGAUAUUAGAACAUAUAAGUUCAAUACGACUAGUGAUUUUUGAACUAUUAUUCAAACUCCGGGCAGAUUCUAGGUACAAGUUGGGAAUGCAAGGGAUCAAUGAGUAUUCACCAUAUAUGUAUGUGGAUCAUAAGGGUCUUGGAGUGCCGCCUAGUCCAAAUUCUUCAAUAGAAGACACAAAAUCAAAGGAAAAUGUUUCGGUGCAGUUUAACUACAUGUGUCUUGCUGCUGCAUGUAAAGCAGUGAUUACGGCGUUAAAAGAAGAGCUCGAUUGGAGAGUAUUGAACAAAAUUUUGAAAGAAGUACCUCAGAUUCUUAAGAACAAGGCAUUAGUAUUAUCUGGGAAUUGGGAAUUUGAUCCAGCAUAUGAAUUGGCUUCCACUUUAUGUCAAUUGGUAAGCGAUAAAACUGUUGCCAGAACUCUAAAGAAUACACCUCCUAAAUGGUUAAAAACUGACUUUCAAAUUGCUGUUUAUCCAGCUUUAGCUGCUUUUGUUUCAUAUCAUAAUAGUUUGGAUCCAUCUCUUCAACAACAACUUGUUAAAUGCUUACAAUCAGGAUUAGUUAAUCGAUGCAUAUGUCCUGUAGUAAUGGCAUUAACUACUUGUAUAUUAGAAAUGAGAGAUAUAAUGGUAAAAUUAUUACCUGAAGUUUUGUUGAAUAUGUCAAAACUUUCAGCUACCACACAAACUGCAGUGCCAAUUUUAGAAUUUCUAUCUAUGUUAAGUCGUCUUCCGAAAGUGUUUUCCAAUUUUGUAGCAGAUCAAUAUAUGGCUGUGUUUGCAAUUACGUUGCCUUAUACUAAUCCAUUUAAAUACAAUCACUACACUGUUUCAUUGGCACAUCGAGUGAUUGCUAUUUGGUUCCUUAAAUGUCGAACAUCAUUUCGAAGGAAUUUUGUAGAAUUCAUCCAUAAGGGUUUAAAACAAAAUGUACUGGUGCCAUUCGAAGGUCGUACUAUGCCAAGAAACAAUAUUGAUAAUGAAGAUUCAUCUAGUAGAAAACGAAGUUCUAGUUUAACAGACCAAGGAAGUCGAAGACAUGAUCGAACAUUAGGUAUGAGUCGAAGUCCUAUGAAUGAUUUGAAACCACCAAUAGACAAUAUGCUUUUAACAUUUCAUAAAGAGUUAACUGAAACUUGUAUGGAUUUAUUAGCCAGAUAUGCUUUUGCUACUUGUUCUGCCAUACCUAAAAGACAUCCCACAGCAGAUUUUAUAUUAGAUGGAGGUCAGACUGCUACUUGGUUGAUAGGCAUAAAACUUGUAACUAUCACGACAAGUGGAUGCACUCAAAAACCAGUUCAAAAUGGAUUAUGUGGUAAAUGUUAUCAAUCUUGUCGCUUAAACAGUGAUCAGACCAGAAUGUCUCCUAAACCAGAUGAAAAGUCAAAACUUUCAGUAUCUCGUAGUCAAAGUAGUGAAGCUAGUGACCAACUUGACGUAAACACUUCUAUCAAAGGAGUUUCAUCACCAUCAUGUUUAUCCACAGCAACUAACUCCCCCGGAGAAGAAACAAAGAAAUUUCCUUAUAUUGAACCAAAUGAACCAUUUGACAUGUCCCGAAAAAAUAGUUUCUCUAGCUCAGACCGACUUGAUAAAAAACAAAGUUGUUCUUGUUGGUGUCAAUCAUGGGCUGAAGUAUGUGUACGUUGUCCAACAGGUGUUAUGUCUUGGAUGAUAAGAGUGCAAAAUGAUAGAAAUUUUCAAGACAUGAAUUCUGAUUCGUCUAUGUUUGAUGUCUCAACAUUAUUUCAUCCUAGUCUUGGUUUAAAAGUAUCUAAUGGAGAAAUAGAUAAAAUACGUCAAUACUUGGAUGGAGAAAAACGAAUUUUGGAACAGUAUAUGGCUAAUGAUGAUAUUAUCAAAAUGGAAGCAAAUGAAAGGUUACAAAAUAGAGUACCAUCUGAACCAGUUUGCAUUCCUGGUUCCCCUCUUAAGCUUACUCCUUCACGACAGAACUCUCAGGAGAGCUGUGAAAUUGAUGAUGAAUAUUAUGAUGUUGAAGACUUUGAAAGUGGAGAAAAUCGCUCAAGGAAUCCAGUUCGUAGAUCAGUUUCCAGUCCUGAAAUGAGUUCUGGAUGGAAAAAUCCUUUUAUGAAAGAAAUGCACGACUUUAAAGAUGACAGUAUGGAUAAAGAAGAUAAUAGUAAACGUUUAGAAUUGUUUAAUGCUCCUAUUGAUUCUAAAAAAAUAAAACAGAAUUACACCAAGGACCUACGUUAUAGUUCUAAAGCAAAUUGUGAAGCAAUUCCUGAAGAAAUUUGUGGUACUGGUUCCACGCCACCAUCAAAUACUUGUCAGUUAAAAAAUUUAACGCUUAAUUUGAUCACUGAUUCAGCAGAAAAAAAGACUGACUUUUUAACUCAUGUUAAAAAAAAUGAUGAAAAAGAAAGACCAAAAUUGCAAUUAAAAACUAACAAAUUAAAUUCCUUUAAUGACAGUGACUCUUCAGCAAAAUCAUCUGUUGAAAGUGUUGAUAUCAAACAAAAUACAGAAUUUCCAUUAGUCAGUCAUUACCAGGAGGAAAAAAGUAGAUCUUUAGCAUCAACACCAUCUUAUCUUACUAAAAAACCACCCCUAUCACCACCAAUUAAUUAUGGAUCUCAGUCAUUAGAAAAAAAUGAAAAUGAUACAGAUCCACCUCCUGUGUUUCGAAAUCGUGUACACACAUUAGCUGUAAUGAAUGCUAUUAAGAAACCAACAGUUAUGUCUUCAAAUCCUAAUCCACUGUUUAUAAAUAAUAGGGCGAAUCAAUCAAAAGAGCCUGUGCGGUCAGGAAUUAAUCCGAGCUUUGUUUUUCUUCAGCUAUACCAUUCUUCUCAUUUUACUUUUAUUGAUAAUGAUGCAAAACCAAUUUUAUUACCAUUGUCUCAGACCAUGAUUGAAAAGGCUGUAAAAAAUUUGGAUCGGAUACCUCCAUACGAAGUGCAUAAGAUUGGAGUUAUUUAUGUUGGGUUGGGACAAGCUAAUUCUGAAGUAGAUAUACUACGAAACCGACAUGGGUCUUUGAGGUAUACAGAAUUUCUGAAAUGCUUGGGUACCCUUAUAAAACUAUCUGAUACAGAUUCACACAGUGUAUUUCUUGGUGGAUUAGAAACUGAUGGUAAUGACGGAAAAUUUACUUAUAUAUGGCAAGAUGACAUUAUGCAAGUUAUAUUUCAUAUAGCUACUUUAAUGCCAACUACUGAAUCCGAUGUUAAAUGUAAUAAUAAAAAGAAAAAUAUUGGAAAUGAUUUUGUUACAAUUGUUUACAAUGAGAGUGGUCAAGAGUAUGAUAUCCAAACUGUAAAAGGACAAUUUAAUUAUGGUUGUGUGAUAGUAAAACCGUUGGAGCAUGGUGUAAAUCAGAUUACUGUAAAAGUGAGGAAUGAGUUGCGUGAGCAUGUAGGUCAUCAAGAACCAAAAAUUGUCUCAGAUCAAAAUGCUGCUAUGUUGGCUAGACAGUUAGCUAUUCACACAGAUUUGGCAUCACAGAUAUUGAGCAGUUUGAGCAAGGAAAACAGUGGGCCGUAUGCCAGUAAUUGGCUGGAGCGACUCAGAACAAUAAAAAGAAUACAAAAUAAGUUGAUGAAAGUGGAUAGCAACGGUCAGCCAAUUAGUGGCGAACCAACAUCAGUGGGGCGUGGACAAGGAAUACAGGCGGGACAAGGUGCUGCAAUGUCUGGUGGCAGUCGUUUAAAGAUGCAAAUGUGCGAUUUCACAGAAUACACAUAAACAGAAGUAGAUCAAUGUAAUUACAACUGCAAACAUAUGAUAGUUAUAGCAUCUCUAUACAGGCUCUAUACAGCUACUAUACAUACACACACACACACACACACACACACACUCAUACACGUUAGUGAUCUCAUUUUGGGUUGCGCAUUGGAAAAAAAUAAAUUUGUAAUUGCGUUUAUUAUUGUUUUUGCAAUAUAAUUAGAACAUGUUACAAAAAAAAAAAUUAUCAUAUACUACCUAAAUGUGAAUUCAUUGUGAAUUUUUUUUUUGCUUUUUUAAUGUUAAUACACAAGAUUAUUGUAAAGUUUUUUUUUAUAGAAUUCUAUUUUUCCCCUAUACUAAGCAGUUUCAUUAGACAGUUAUAAACGUAAGUUUUUAAAUUUAUUUUUUCUUACCUAUAUUACUAAAAAAAUGUACAAGCUCCACUGGUAAUUUGUUUUACUUAUAAU